CUUGUAUACUAAAACGGAUACCAGAUUGUCACCUGUCUGUUGUUCUGGAUUUUCUAGAAGGUGAAAGGCAUUGUGGGAGAUUUAGGCUGGCAAGAAUACACACAGCCGUGUCAGCCAAGUGUUAAUACCUUAAACCACACACACACACACACACACGAAGGGAGAGGAGAGAGAACAGCUUUGGUGAGGAUUUGCUCAGUAUUAACCCUGAGAGGGAACAGAGAGAGACAGCUGCUGUGGAAGAAAAACAAACGAGUUGGACGUGUACGAAACAAAGACAACAGUUUCCCUCUGCACAAGAUGAAAGUGCAAGAUGAGAGGGGAGAGCAGCAGAGAGGCUGAGGUGAGAUGUAGAGAAGGUUGAAUCAGGUUCCCUCAAAGCCACGGCCAGGGAAUCCAAAGACUCUAAAAGAAAGAAAUCUGACAAGAUAAAAAGCAAAAGGAAAACAACAUGGGAUGGGAAAAGUGCAUGAAGACAUCAACCUGAGAAGACUUCCAUAGGCUGUCCAGAAACAGUAGGACGUAGCAGAAUGGGACACCCCAAUGUACCACUUAUGUACACUUACUCACGUCCCCAUCGGGACAAACACAGAUCCAGUCGACUGCAACCCUGCACACCACACGACAACCUGAACAAUGCGUUAGGUGCCAUCAGAGUCCUCGGUUUGGAACUGAUUGAGGAUGAACUUAAACCACAUCUGAAUACAGUGCUGAUCAACAUUGAGGAGAGGAACAAGGGCGCUGCUGAGCAGGUAGUGAUCAGUGGGAUCCUGCCGAUUCUGGCCCUGUCUCUGAGGCACAGAGGGCCCCUCACACUGCUGACCGCAAAACUAGUGGCCGAACUUGCCAAGGAGUCUGUGGUCCGUAAAGGUUUUGGUGAUGCAGGCUUAGUUACGGCUCUGCUGUCUGUGCUGACCAGUACAGACCAAGAGCUGCUCCUUCAUGCUGCAAGAGCCAUCUCACGCAUGACUUAUGACAGCUCUAAGCUGCAGGAGCUGUUGCUGCGUAGAGGUGCGGUUCCUCGGCUUGUUGCCAUCCUGCUCCGUUUUCCUGAUGAGGAGGCCCUGGAGGAGGUGUGUCUUCUGGCCCUCUGUAAUCUCAGUGGGAUGGGAGUGGCAGAAGAGGCUGGCAUGGUGUGGGAGAGGGGGGCGUCCGUGAGGCAGGGGGAGUCUGUUUUUCACGGCGUCUCUCCUCACACCUGUGGCUUUGCCUCCUCUGUGACUCUGGUGUGCAUCUCUCAGUGGGCACCUGGUCAAUACGCGGUGAACAUCGAGGUGUUCCAGCGCUGCUCCUCCUCUUUCUGGAGCCUUCACGGGAACAAACGGAUUGCUCGCUGGUUCCCCUUCUCCAGCUUGGGAAGCUGUUCAAAUCUGUACAAUGUGAUCAAGUUCUCUAUGAGGAAUGUUCCCCGCACCAAAAGUCUGAAGACUCGCAUGUUCCACACGUUCCUCUGACAGCUUUAAUAUGGCAAACAUGGCAGCCUGAUCUAACUUGCAAACAAAACUAAAGGGGGUUCUACAAACUCUGGAAGUACACCACCAAAUAUCAGUACAAACCAAACCAGGGUAAUACUUUAACACUAAAUCUGGACGUGUUCAAACUGCAGAGAUCUCUCAUGUUUUCUUUUUUAAUUUUUGUUAUUUUUGUGGGAAUUCCUUCGCUCGCUUUGUAAGUUUUAAAAACACUGUUUCUUCCCAAAAAACAGUCGGUUGCUGCUUAUUUCAGCAAUUCUGCAAUUAUGGGAUGCAGUGCCACAGAGUAGUCUGUGUCUUUUGUACAAUUGUAUCAAGCAUAAGGACAAUGCUAGAAAUCAACAGAAAGUAUAUAUGUAAGGAUGAAAACCUUAAAAAUUAUGAUGACAUUGUUGCUGCUUAUGUGCUCAC